AUGAGCACAGGCAAAUCGAGCUCGUCGUCGUCUUUGGGCGCCUGGAAGUCUCUGCUGUCGUCAGUGGCGUCGUUCCGGGGUGAUUUAUCCAGUUUGACCGCCCCGCCGUUCAUUCUUUCGCCCACCUCGCAGCUGGAAUACACUCAGUACUGGUAUCCUGGCCACGACAUGUUUGUCGACCCUGCCACCGAAGAGGAUCCCGAGCAGCGAUUCAUCAAAGUCGUGAAAUGGGCAAUUGCAUGCCACCGCGCUCAUUAUACCCAGCGCAAUGUGAACGAAGGCUACGAAAAGAAGCCCCUGAACCCGUUUUUAGGCGAGCUGUUCACAGGCAAAUGGCAGCACUCCGAGGCAACUGUUCGUGCCGAGCAAGUUAGCCACCACCCACCUGUUUCUGCCUUCAAAAUCAAUACAAAGGAAGGGGCUGAAGCCGAGGGUUACGUUGGCGUGAAGGCCAAGUUCUCCGGCUCAAUUAAAGUCAAACAGGUCGGCCACACCGUUUACACACUCAAAGACCGCAACGAGAUCUACUGUAUGGGUCUGCCGUCGCUACAUAUCGAAGGCUUUUUGACUGGCGCGCCCUACAUCGAGCUGGACGGCGAGAACUUUGUUACGUCGACCACAGGUUAUCGUGCCACCAUCUCCUACAGCGGUGCAGGCUACUUUAGUGGCCAGAAGCAUUCCAUCAAGGUGGUCAUUUUCAAGGAAAGCGAUCCCUCGAAAAUCCUGUAUACCAUCAAAGGACAAUGGCACAAGGCCAUGAUCAUCAAGAACGAGGCCACCGGCGCCGAGUCUCAAUUCUUAGACCUUAGCAAAGUUACGCAACCUCCGGAGCUCUUUGUGGUCGAUAUCGACAACCAGCACCCUCUUGAGAGCCGCAGGGCCUGGGAAAAGGUUGCUGCAGCCAUCCGCAAGGGAGACUAUGACGAGAUCACGCGCGAAAAGUCCAAGAUCGAGAACAAGCAGCGUGAGAUGAGGAAGGCCGAGGGUGCAGAGGGGAAAUCAUGGGACCGUCGCUGGUUCGGUGCUUACAAGCAUUCUGAGGAUCAGCACAAAGAACUCUUACCCCAUACAAACGAAGAAAUCUGGCGAUUCCACGAAGAGCGCUGGGAGGCUGACGAGGACUUCCAGAAGCGUCACAUUGAAUGA